GAAGCUCGUCAGCGCAAGUGGCUCCCUCUACAUCACCACUACGCGACAGCAUUUGACAUCCGACCAACGAGGGGCGCGUCCGAACGAGGCAGUGCAACGGGAAGACCAAUUAUCUUUCGCAUCAUUAGGCUUCACGAUCUACUGCGCGUCGUUCGCUGAGUCGCGCCGCGCACAUUUCACAAUGGCGUCCUCGCAGCAACCGUUGCCAAACACGCAACAGCCAAUGGAUGUUUAUGGUGGAGACGAAGUCUCCGCCCUCGUCCUUGAUCCCGGUUACAGCAGCACGCGCGCCGGCUUCGCUGGCGAGGAUGUGCCCAAGUCGGUCCUGCCGUCUUUCUACGGCCGUAUCAAGUCGAGCAACUCUGAGGACUCGACGAUAACGUAUCGCGACACAUUCGGCGACGAGUGUCUGAUCCCGCGCGCCGACUUCGAGGUCCAUAACUACAUGAGCCGGGCUGACAGCACGGUGGAAGAUUGGGAUGCCGCGACGAAGAUGUGGGAGCACAUGCUGAUCAAACGACUGCAACCUGAUCGGGAGGCGUACUUGCGUGACAGCAAAAUCACAAACGGCAGCAAGCCCGCGGACGGAGAGGGCGACGUCGCAAUGGAGGACACCGUCGACAAUGCUGAGAAACCACUGGCUGAAAACCCCGUGCUCAUCACCGAAGCGCCCUGGAACGCUGGAAAGGCGCGAGAGAAGGCGAUCGAGAUUGCCAUGGAGUCCUGGGGCACGCCUGCAUUUUGGCUGGCGCGGACACCUGUAUGCGCGGCAUUUGCUGGUGGCAAGGCAUCUGCGCUUGUGAUCGAUGUCGGCGCGGCCAACACAAGCGUCGUCGCUGUCCACGAUGGCAUGAUUCUGAAGCGAUCUAUUCAGAGGUCACCGAUCGGCGGUCUGUGGCUCUCCGGCCAGGUCCGCAGCAUGUGGGAGAAGAACGAGCCCAAGAUCGACAUCGUACCUACGUUCAUGGUGGAGAACAAGACGCCUGUCGAUGCCGGCCAACCUGCGAACGCACGACUACGCAAGUUCCCAUUUGAGAUUCACCCAUCUUACCGUGCUUACGAGGAGGAGCGCCUGAUUACCGAGUUCAAGGAGUCUGUGGUCGAGAACUGGCGCGGCCCGGGUCGCUAUCUCAGUCCCGGCAACGAGGACAUUGCCAAAUCGCAACCUGGUCGCGUCUUCGAGAUGCCGGAUGGCGCGAACCAAAUGUGGCGUGAACAGCGAUUCCGCGUGUCCGAGGGUAUGUGGGACGAGACGGCCGCACUCGCAACGCCCGAAGGUUACGGUGAGCCGAUCACAAAAGCACAGACACUGCCCGAGAUGAUCCGCGCAGCACUCAACGCCAUUGAUGUGGAUCUGCGGCCCAACCUGCUUGGCAAUGUUGUUGUAACGGGAGGAUCGAGUCUAAUCAACGGCUUCAACGACCGUCUGAACAACGAGCUCAUGGCCAUGUACCCCGGCAUGAAGAUCAAACUCAACGCUGCGGGAUUGACGACAGAGCGCCGCUUUGGUGCCUGGGUUGGUGGCAGCAUUCUCGCCAGCUUGGGUACUUUCCACCAGAUGUGGAUCUCAAAGAAGGAGUAUGAGGAGAAUGGCGUCGGCAUAGUCGAGAAGCGCUGCAAGUAGAGGCCUGAGAUUGCUGCUGGAAAUGCAAGCAGACCUGGACCAAGCACGUUCCUCACCGAGACGAGCAACUCGCCUCCAGUGCAUGCGAAGGCUUCAACGACUUAAUUCUUGGUGUACGGAGUUCAAUGUAAGAGGUGUGUGGGAAAAAGGGUCCCGAGCUUAAGUCAUGUUUAGAACAAAUGAUACACAAUGUGAUGAUAUAUGCUGGGGCGCGCACGGUUGCACCCAG